AUGAGCCGGACCACCUUCUUUGAGGUGGAGGUCCUGGAUGCCGAGACAAGAGAGCAGCUUUGUUUUUUAGAUAAGGUGGAGCCCUACUCAACGAUAGGAGACAUCAAGAGCCUUUUUCACAAGUCGUAUCCUCACUUGUAUCCAGCAAGGCAGGCCCUGAAGCUUGAUCCCAAGGGAAAAUUACUCAGAGACGAUGAAAUCUUACAGAAUCUACCUGUUGGGACCACUGCCACCGUGUACUUCGGAGAUCUUGGUCCACAGUUAGGUUGGACUAUGGUGUUUCUGGCAGAGUACAUCGGGCCCCUUCUCAGCUACCUCCUCUUCUAUUUUCGAGUACCGUACAUUUACUCGCACAGACAAGCCUUUACCUCGAGUCCCCAUCCCGUUGUCACACUGGCCUGUGCCUGUCAUACCUUCCACUAUAUGAAGAGGCUGAUAGAGACCAUCUUUGUGCAUCGCUUCUCUCACGGGACCAUGCCUCUGAGGACAAUAGUCAGGAAUUGUGCCUAUUACUGGGGUUUCUCAGCUUGGUUGGCCUACUAUAUCAACCACCCUCUUUAUACACCCCCAUCAUUUGGAGAAGCACAAGUCAAGUAUGCACUAGUCCUAUUUGUGAUGUGUGAACUGGGAAACUUCUCCAUUCACCUGAGUCUGAAUAAUCUCAGAGGAGAUGGACCCAGGGGCAGACGGUACCCUAUUCCAACUAAGAACCCCUUCACAUGGCUGUUUUUCUUUGUAUCCUGUCCGAAUUACACAUAUGAGGUUGGAGCUUGGGUGAGCUUUUCCAUCAUGACGCAGUGUCUGCCAGUGGCAUUAUACACAUUAUUGGGGUUCAUUCAGAUGACCAUCUGGGCCAGAGGGAAGCACAAAGCCUACAGCAGGGAGUUCAAGGACUAUCCCAGCCUCCGGAUGGCCAUUAUCCCCCUGAUUCUCUGA